GAAAAGGGUUAAAGGUGGGGCCAGCCCUACAUACAACGCGCGCACACACUCUGCACUCAGACCCAGUCACACGCGUUUCCUUGGCACUUGGAUGAGACUGGGACCUGGGCCUGAGCCUUUCACACCAGGAACUCCUGCAGCCCAGCUGCGGGAGCUCGGGGUCCCCACUGCCUCAACUCCCACCUCACCGCUCAGCCUCCUCUCCUAAGCGCACACACGCCGGGGCGUGCGCGCACACACUUCGGACAUUCCCAUAGUGCCUCACGUGACACACGGCCCCGAACGUGCCCACCCUUCACACACGCUCACGCACGCGUGCACACCCGCGCGCACACACAAACACACGUAUACACACACCCUACGGGCCACUUCCCCAACUCCAUCCCCCGACCUCCUCAGCCCGCGAACGCACUCAUUGAGGCAGUGACUGUGGCACACCUACACUCAUUCACAGACACACACACUCCCCCCACACAUGCCAGCCACAGACACACAUUCAUAAACAGGGCCCGGAGAAGUACACACACGCACCCCCUCGCCUACUCUUUCGGCAGCCCUGAGUCAUUCCUGCCCCCUCUCAGGGCUCCCCAUUUCCCUGUAUGUGGGUGCACAGGGACAGACCUGGGAGUUCUUUAGUGUGGCUCCUCACCUGAGCCCCUGGCCCUCUCCCAGAGCCCCCUCCUCCCCUCUUCUUGUUCGCUCUGUCACUCGGCCUAGUACAUCCUGUAGGUCCCAGGUCAGGGGCCAGGAGACUGGAAGGUUGCCACAGCCCUGUGACCGUGGGGGAGGCACUUCCUUUUCCUGAACUCUGGAACCCAGUGGGAGGAAGCUGGGAAGUUGGGCGGGAGCCUCAGCAGAGGAUGUGCUGACGGUGCCGAGGCUGACCCUCUGGAGAAGCACCGGGCCUGCCCUGGGGAGGAGCCUGGGGCGCCAGAGGCAAGGGAUGAGGAGUUUGCAGGAGAGGAGGCCCAGUGUGGGCCGUGGCCUGGACCCUUGCCAUGGAGUCCAUGUUUGAGGACGACAUAAGUAUCCUGACCCAGGAGGCUCUGGGGCCUGGUGAAGUAUGGCUGGACGGCCCUGGAGACCCCUCGCUGGGGGGGGACAUGUGCUCCGCCUCUCACUUUGCUCUCAUCACGGCCUACGGAGACAUCAAGGAGCGGCUGGGGGGCCUAGAGAGGGAGAAUGCCACCCUCCGUCGCCGCCUCAAAGUCUAUGAGAUCAAGUACCCGCUGAUCAGUGACUUUGGAGAGGAGCACGGCUUCUCUCUGUACGAAAUCAAGGAUGGCUCCCUGCUGGAGGUGGAGAAGGUCAGUCUGCAGCAACGGCUCAACCAGUUCCAGCAUGAGUUGCAGAAGAAUAAGGAGCAAGAAGAACAGCUUGGGGAGAUGAUCCAGGCUUAUGAGAAACUCUGCGUGGAGAAGAGUGAACUGGAGACAGAGCUGGGGGAGAUGCGGGCUCUGGUGGAGACCCACCUGCGGCAGAUCUGUGGUUUGGAGCAGCAGCUGCGUCAGCAACAAGGCCUCCGGGAUGCAGCCUUUCCCAGCCUGAGCCCCUCUCCUGCCCCUGCCCCACCCUGUACUGAUCUGGACCUGCACUACCUGGCACUGAGAGGGGGAGCCAGCCUGAGUCAUGGCUGGCCAGGCCCCACGCCGAGCAUGAGUGAGCUGGAGCAGCGGCGUCUGGAAGAGGCUCUGGAGGCUGCCCAGGGAGAGGCUCGGGGGGCUCAGCUUCGGGAGGAGCAGCUCCAGGCGGAGUGUGAGCGGCUACAGGGGGAGCUGAAGCAGCUGCAGGAAACUCGGGCCCAGGAUUUGGCCUCCAACCAGUCGGAGCGGGACAUGGCCUGGGUGAAAAGAAUUGGGGAUGAUCAGGUGAAUUUGGCGCUGGCCUACACGGAGCUGACGGAAGAGCUGGGCCGGCUUCGGGAGUUGAGUUCCCUGCAGGGCAGGAUCUUGAGGACUCUGCUGCAGGAGCAGGCCCGGAGUGGCGGCCAGAGGCACUCGCCGCUGUCGCAGCGCCACUCCCCGGCCCCCCAGUGUCCCUCACCAUCCCCGCCCGCCCGAGCGGCGCCCCCGUGUCCCCCGAGCCAGUCCCCGGCCCCCCAGCGCCGCUCCCCCGUGCCCCCGUGCCCCUCGCCCCAGCAGCGCCGGUCGCCGGCCUCGCCCUCCUGCCCGUCGCCCGUCCCGCAGCGCCGCUCCCCGGUGCCGCCGCCGAGCCAGUCCCCCAGUCCCCAGCGCCGUUCCCCGGCGCCCCCCACCUGCCCGGCCCCGCAGCCCCGGCCCCCGCCGCCCCCGCCGCCGGGGGAGAGGACGCUGGCCGAUCGGGCCUACGCCAAGCCGCCCAGCCACCACGUGAAGGCCGGCUUCCAGGGCCGGCGCAGCUACUCGGAGAUGGCGGAGGGCGCGGGCUACACGGGCGCCUCCCCGCCCUGGCUGCAGGCCGAGGCGUCCACGCUUCCCAAGCCCCGGGCCUAUGGCGGCGAGCUCUACGGCCCGGGCAGGCCCCUCAGCCCGCGGCGCGCCUUCGAGGGCAUCCGGCUGCGCUUUGAGAAGCAGCCGUCGGAAGAAGAGGAGUGGGCCGUGCCCACCAGCCCGCCCAGCCCCGAGGCGGGCACCAUCCGCUGCGCCUCCUUCUGCGCGGGCUUCCCCAUCCCGGAGUCGCCCGCCGCCACCGCCUACGCCCACGCCGAGCACGCGCAGUCCUGGCCGUCCAUCAACCUGCUGAUGGAGACAGUGGGCUCUGACAUCCGCAGCUGCCCCCUCUGCCAGCUGGGUUUCCCUGUCGGGUACCCAGAUGAUGCCCUCGUCAAACACAUUGACUCCCACCUGGAGAACAGCAAGAUAUAGGGCACCUCCCCCACCCACUGGCUGCUCCUCCGCCCUGUCCUGCCACCCCCAAACACUCACUCACUUUGAAUGCUGCAUGAAUCUCACGGGGGACCCCAGCCCCUGGCGACCCCCAGAUACCUCCACUAGCUACUGAGUCAACGUGUGUGCCAUCUUCCCUGGCCCAGGCACCACUCAGCUCUGGCUCUUCCGGGAGGUCGGCCGAGGCUCCCCCUAACCCCCUGGUUUCCACUGGGGAGGUGGGGAUCUGGGCUGGGAUGGGGAGGGGGCACCCCUCCCUCUGCCUUUCAGUUCUCAAACAGGGUUGGAUCCAGGAAGGUGUCUAGUGCUUGGGGGAAAGGAAGGGUGUCAGAGGACUCCAGGACCUCCCUCAGCCCCUCCCCAGAUAUCCAUCUUUCCUAGGGUGUGCCCUGUCCAGAGAGUGCCACCCUCUGGGCUCCCAGAGCCUGCUCUGCACAGUGAUGCCAGCUCGGGGCUCAUGGCAUGGGCCCCCAUGGGGGAAGGGGGACAUCAUCUUGUUUCUUGCCAUUCCUGGCAGGCCAGCCCUGUUCUCCCCCUCUGCCCAUCCUGGGGAAUAGAGAGGGUGGGGAAGGCAAGGAGGGAGGACCCUGGAGGCCUGGGCAGAGCCAGCCUAAAAAAGGCUGCCCUGGGACCUGGGGGACCUGCACCAUGACCCUCAGGCCAGGGACCUGCCUGUGCCAGCCUCCCAGGCCCCUGUCCUGCUCCCGGUGCCCCUGGCACUGAGGCCCAGAUUGUCAAGGCAGAUGCUCCCCUCCACCCGUACCCCACUCGAGCCCCUGACACCACAGGUCCCCUGGGGCCCACGUGUGACCCAGCCUCUGUUAACUGAGCAGGUGUCAUCAGCCCCUGCUUCCCAGGCCAGAACAUGAGAAUGGGCCCAGGGUGCUGUGGGAUCAACUUCAAAAGAGCUAACCCCUUCCCACCCCCAGCCCCCCAGCCCCCAUGCCCUCUGUGAAAUCUACCUCAGAGUCAUACCCUCAGAAGGACGGGUAAGCAGGAGGCCAGAAGGCUGAGGUGGGGGAACUCCCGACGGUGAGAGCCUGCUGCCCCACAAUUAAUCCAACCCCCUCCAUGGCCAGCCACUCCCAGGGCUCAGCCCCGGGCGGGUGCCACUGGGCGCCACUGUCAGUGCAUGUGCCAACGGUUCUGAUCCAGCUCUUCCAGACGCCCACCUCCUCACACCCCUCCCCUACUCAGCGCAGGGGAGAGAAGGGGUGUGUCAGGCGGAGAAGGGGCCCAGGACUCCAGAAACACAUGUCCUUGUACCCCGAGUGUCCCCCCAGGGAGGGGAGAUGGGGAAGGGGGACUGGAGAGGGGAGGCGGGACCCCCGUGCUCUGAACAAGUUGAAAGUCCAAAUAAAACUGACCUGUUCCAUC